AUGCGCUCCAGCAUCAUACUUCUUCUCUUCUUCUGCGUGCAAUGUGUGUCUCCUGCUCCUGUCAAAGUUAAACGGGAGGUGUCUGAUACGGAUCGAAAAACGGUUCUUGAUUUGAUUAAUAACGAACGCCGUAAGAUUGCCCAGCAUCUCAUGAUAGCAAAUAUGAAUGAGCUGGCUUACGAUGUUGGAUUCGAAAAGAUUGCUGAAGGGAUGACGUGCCAAACGCAAGCAAAUGGUGCUAACUACAUGGUUGCAUCCUUCCCUGAUGAUACAGGAUUGAAGAAAAUUCUGGAAGUUCCACGCACUCAACAAGAAGAGGCGAGUAAAAAUCUAAUGGGUGGCAUGCUUAUACCGGAUCAGACUAAAUUUUCCUGCGUUGGUCUAGAAGAACCGUGUACUGGUCCCGGAGGAACUAUUCGUGUCAGAUGCGUGAUUGGACCAAAAACUGUUUUUCAAACCUGGGAUUUUAAAAAAGGAGUUGCUGGAUCCCAAUGCCCAAGUGAUAGAGAGGCAGCUGAUGGACUGUGCAAAGCAAAGAAUGGAGCUGAAUGCCUGAGUGGAAACGUAAUCACAUCGUCAAUUAUCGUGUUCUUAAUUUCUUUGUACGUCUUCUUGCAAUGA